CGUCAUCGCCACGUCACCCGCGAGCCCUAAAGCUUGAGGUCGCGAGAAUGCGGAGCUAGCUGCGGUGUCCCUCUCGUCGGAUCUGGUAGGGUGGGAGAGUGGGGAGAUCUUCCGCUAGGGCUUCGCGAGGGACUACUCACCUAGAAUCUAGAAUGAUGUAGAGGAGGGGGGCGAGUGGGGGAUUAGCUUGGAUCUCUGAUGAUCACGCACAGGAGAUCUUUGGAGCGAUGGCAGUGUUUUAGGGUUUUGGGAUUGCCGCUCGACAAUGGCCACGCGCAAUCGCACAGCUCUGUUUCGCAAGUACCGCACUGCCCUACAGCAAGUGCGGCCAGCGUCAGCGUCCACGUCGGCACAAGGCGCUGUCGUGGAGCUCUCCAAUGCGCCCCUCCUGCGAGGGGCUGCUUCCGGAUAUAACAGGCUCAGCACGGUGGACGUGGAUGGCUCCAGGGAAGGUGUUGUAUCGGUGGGAUUGCCACCGCCUUGGGUUGAUGUCUCGGAAGAAGUUGCAAUCGACAUGCAGAAGAUCCGGUCCAAGAUGGGAGAGUUGGCCAAAGCUCAUGCUCGAGCGCUCAUGCCUACGUUUGAUGACAUCAAAGGUAAAGGCCAAGAACACAACAUAGAAUUGAUGAGUCAAGACAUAACCAGACUGCUUAAGAAAUGUGAACAAAAGCUGAGGCAGCUUUCUCAGGAUCGAGGACACUCGGAAGACAUGAAGCUGCGUGUGAAUGUGCAGAGAUCUCUGGCGACCGACCUCCAAACGUUGUCCGUUGAGUUUCGCAAGCAUCAGAAAGGCUACUUACAGCGUUUGCAGCAGCAGCAGCAGCAAGAGCGUGCAUCCAUCACUGCGUCAUACGAGCGGGGAAAAGAGGACGAGUUUUAUGACCCGGGAUUCAACGAGCAACAAAUGUCCCGGCUCAAGAAGGCCGAGGUGCUGAGCGAGGAACGGGAGAAGGAAGUCCAACAGAUAAUGGAGUCUGUGAACGAUCUCGCGCAGAUCAUGAAAGACCUCUCCACGCUUGUAAUCGAUCAGGGAACUAUAGUCGAUCGAAUCGAUUACAACGUCCAACAAGUGGCCACCUCGAUCGAGCAAGGAGUCCGAGAGCUAGAACAGGCCGAAAGAACGCAAAAAAAGGGAGACAUGGUUUUCUGCGUCAUGGUUUUGAUCGCACUGUGCGUCUUCAUGAUAUGCGUGCUCAUUUUCAAGAAGCUCGUCUUGUAGCCUAGGACAAAAGAAGUGAGCUCCAAAUUUUUUGGAAUAAAAAAGAGGGAACAGAAGAUUUAGGGUUUGUU